GUCUCAUCUGAGUAUCGUGAAUGUGCUUAUUCCACCGGCCUGCGAUAAAGAAGAGGGAUGGAUUUAUUAACAUUUUUCGGGGCUGUGCUGACAGCAGCGAUCGCCGGAUAUGGUGCCUUUUGGUACUCGAGAAGACGGCUCUACGAAUUGGCGGCCAAGAUCCCUGGACCUACCAGCCUCCCUCUUCUGGGCACUUUAUCGGAGUUCUCGGGUGGCGCUCACAUGGUGUUCGAGAACAUGGUGAAGAAGUGUCACGAAUACGGAGAUGUAAUAAAAUUCUGGAUUGGCCCUCGCUUAUUAGUUUUUCUAGCAGAUCCUGCAGACAUUGAACUCAUUUUAAGCAGCCAUGUUCACAUUGACAAAGCACCGGAAUACCAAUUCUUCCAACCAUGGCUUGGUGACGGUCUCCUUAUCAGCACAGGAAACAAAUGGAGAAACCACCGAAAACUUAUAGCUCCAACAUUUCAUUUGAAUAUUUUGAAAUCCUUUAUACCGCUCUUCAAUAGCAACAGCAGGGGAGUUGCAACGAAGUUGAAGAAGGAAGUGGGUAAAGAAUUCGACUGCCACGACUAUAUGAGUGAAGCAACUGUGGAAAUUUUAUUAGAAACAGCCAUGGGUGUGAACAAAAAGACUCAAGAAAGUGGUUAUGAAUAUGCAAUGGCUGUGAUGAAGAUGUGCGAUAUCCUCCAUCUCCGUCAAACGAAAUUAUGGUUGAGGCCAAACAUAAUUUUCUAUUUAACGUCUCUGGGGAAAUUACAAGAUAAGCUCCUUAAUAUUAUUCACAGCUUGACAAAAAAGGUUUUGAAAAUUCGGAUGGAGGAGUACAAGAAUAACGGAAGCAAACUGCCUGGAAACGUGACCUUCGUAACAGGCGACGAUGGCAAGAUUCAAGUUGAAGGCGAUUUUUCGUUUGGACACUCUAAAGGGAUAAAAGAUGAUUUGGAUGAGGACAUAGGAGAAAAAAAGAGGUUAGCGUUUCUAGACCUUUUGAUUGAUGCUUCUCAAGGUGGUAAGUUAACGGACGAGGAAAUUCAGAACCAAGUAGACACGAUAAUGUUUGAGGGACACGAUACCACGGCUGCAGCAAGCAGCUUUUUCCUUUGUGAGAUGGCAGCACGUCCAGACAUUCAGGAAAAAUGUAUAGAAGAGUUAAAUAAAAUCUUCGGCGACUCGGACAGGCCUGUUACAUUCGAAGACACCCUCGAGAUGAAAUACAUCGAGCGAUGCCUGAUGGAAACACUUCGCAUGUAUCCACCUGUGCCAGUGAUUGCAAGGGAGCUGCAGCAUGAACUUAAAUUAGCAUCCCGGGACUUGGUAAUUCCAGCCAAGUGUACAGUAAUAGUGGCCACAUUCAAACUUCACAGGAAGGAGAACAUAUAUCCAAAUCCAAACGUUUUCGAUCCUGAUAACUUCCUCCCAGAGAGAUCUGCCUCCAGGCACUAUUAUUCCUACGUCCCCUUCUCUGCUGGACCCAGAAGUUGUGUGGGAAGAAAAUAUGCUAUGCUGAAACUAAAAGUUCUAAUAGCCACCAUCUUAAGAAAGUACAAGGUUCUACCUGGCAAGAAGGAAGCAGAUUGGAAAUUGCAAGGCGAUAUUAUUCUCAAGAGAACGGAUGGAUUUGGAAUUCGCGUGGAACCUAGAACGAGCUCAGUAUAAAUGCAAAAGAAAAUCUUUCACUGCUCAAAAUAAUAAUAAUAUUAACUACAUUAGUAAUUAAUUAUUCAAUGUAAAGGAUUCUACUCAAAUUUGAAAAGAUUUAUUAAAACAUUGAUUUUUUUUUUGUUCACGUUAUUAAUCACUAAAGUGAGACCAACAGGACUCUUUAUUUGUUCAAUUGUGUUGUUAUUAAUGAUACUCUUUUGUUGUUGUUUUUUAUGGGAUUAUGUAUUUCAACUUAUAAAAUUAAAUGUUCGCAUCUUGUGUAGGGUUGUAAGAAAACUGAUCUAUUUAUAUAUUAUUUAUUUACCCAAUUGAAAUAUGAUAUUGUGUGUGGAUUUUAUUGAUUGUUUAAUGGGAAAUAUUUAAAAAUAUACAUCUAUUUCCUUUUA